AUGAAUACGCUGUACGAAGAUCGUAAAGUCAUUCUCGGCAUCGUCGGAACGUCGGUAGUCUCCUGGAAUGUAAGUUUAGGCUUGCAAGCGUGAACUAUAAAUAAAAUUCUGUAUUCAGUUGUUCCUGAAGUUGAGAGAUCUGGUAAAAACGUUAACGAAGCCUAAGUCGGAAUGGGUUCCAGUGGGUCGAAUCAAGAGUCUCCAUCUAUACCCGAUCAAAUCUUGCAAGGGAAAAGAGGUGAUGAAUCCAGAUUGCACUUCUCUCAAUUAUUUUGAUUCCAGGUUUUCCAAUACCGUUGCACUUCCCUUGGCCCCGUCAACGGAGAAUAUCUCGAUCGUCACUUUCUAGUUAUUGACGGAGAAACGGGAAAGUGAGUACAUUCUCCUCUACUUAACUGCACUUCUGAAUACUAUUCAGAUUCCACACUGCGCGCACAAAGCCUCAAAUGGUUCUCAUUGAAACAGUAAUUGAGGACGGCGUAGUGACCAUUUCUUAUCCGGACAAGGGAAGUGCACAGUUCAAAAUCGAGGAUGUGAAGUCGAACAAGGAUUUGCGAAACGGAUUGUAAUGCUGUUCCGAAGUUUUCAUUCAAUCCUCUUCCAUUCAGUUUGCACUGUAAACUCCGAACUGAUGGUUUCGACUGCGGCGACGCGGCUGCGGAGUUCUUCUCGGAUGUGCUCGAAGAGCCCGGAACUCGUUUGAUCAUGUACGAUUCGGGACUGUUCACGGAGAGAACGUGUGUCACGGAGGACGGUUGGUGGAAUAACCCGGUCCCGAAACGAGUUGACAACGUGAGAAUCAACCUUCGCAUUGAUUACAAUCAGUCCAUUCUGUUUUAUAGACUGCGUACGCCGACUUGGCUCCGUAUAUGAUCACGACGCAGGCCUCACUGGACGACCUGAACUCAAAACUGGAAAAGGAUGUCAGCUCGAUCAACUUCCGUCCGUGCAUUGUUGUGGAUGAUUGUCCCGCUUGGGACGAAGACAAAUGGCUCGAUUUGCGCAUCGGAGAAGUGCAGAUGCAGUGCUUCAAGCCGUGCACCAGAUGCAUUCUGACGACGGUCGACCCGGAAACAGGAACUAAAGACAAGGAUAUGCAGCCGUUGAAGAAACUCCGCGAAUUUCGUCUCGGACCUGGAAAACUGCGUGAGGAGUUCGGAGAGAGUCCGAUCUUCGGAGUGAAUGCGGGACUCGUGCAGCCGGGAUACAUACACGCGGGCCAGACCGUUUGGGCCAAGUAUAAACCGUCCGCUUUCUGA